AUGAUUUUACCAAUAGAGGGAUGCAUUUUGCAUUGUUUUUGUAACGCUAGCAAAGACGCAUACGCCACCGUCAUAUUCCUAAGGGUUGAACAAGGUGAAAUUGUAGAAUUAAGACUAGUUGCUGUAAAAUCCCGUGUAGCACCUUUGAAAGGCGAUGGCGGAACAAUUCCUCGAAAAGAACUCUUGGCUGUUUUGGUGGGAGCUAGGCUGACUGAAUCGGUUAAAGAAGCUCUACAUUGGAAAGACACGAGAUGUUUCUACUGGAAAGACUCAACAAAAGUAAUUGCCUGGAUUUCAAGAGAAGAAAAGUGGCUUGUCUUCGUCGGGAACCGUGUACAAGAAAUAAGAAAACUAAGCAAACCCUCUUCAUGGCAACAUGUGCAUGGAGAAAUGAAGCCAAUUGAUUUGCCUUCAAGAGGAUGCAAUGCCAAGCAACUGGUUUCUCUUGCUUGGUGA